UAUUCGUCGCCAGACCCACUGGCUCCAGGUCAUUUACAAGUCCAUGCUAGGUAAAGCUCCGCCUUAUCUCAGUUCACUGGUCACGAUGGCAACACCCAUCCGUAGCACGCGCUCCAGCAGGUGUAUCUCACUGAUCAUCCCUAAAGCCAACACCUCAUUUGGCCGCCUUUCGUUCCAGUACUCUGCUGCCUGUGACUGGAACGAAUUGCAAAAAUCGCUGAAGUUGGAGACUUUUAUCUCCCUCACCAACUUCAAACAUCAGCUAUCCGAGCAGCUAACCGAUCGCUGCAGCUGUACAUAGUCUAUAGGUCGCAGUUGCAAAUGAGAACUUGUUCUCAACUAGCCUACCUGGUUAAAUAAAGAUGUUCUCAACUAGCUUACCUGGUUAAAUAAAGGUGAAAUUAAAAUAAAUAAAAAUAAUGACAAAGCAAUGAGGAGACAACACAUGGAGAAGAAAACCUACUUUGUGUUAAAUAUGGAUCUCUUUUUGUGCUCUCUUUUAUUUAUGAAGCAUAUUUUGAUAAUAAUCCAAAUAAUAUUUCGUACUAUGAAAUGAUUAUGAUAUUGACCAAUAAAAUAUAACAUUCAUUUCCAGAAAUACAAUAUUAUCAUUGGGCUAACCAGGACAUGGUGAGUGUACAGGCUAAUGUUCAAGAGACUAUCAGUUGUGUGUAAUGAACGUUAGCCUAUUACAUAGUUAUUAUUAUGAACUGAAGUGAAUGUACUCUAAACGAAUUAUAUGAAAUAUUAGCAUCCUUUAUAUUAGCCUACUUGAAUAGGUGUUUAUCAUUAAUAUGGAUAAUGAGGUCUCCUGAGUCCCAGUCAGACAGAAAGAAUUAGCAGACAAAGCUUCACGAGUCCAUAAUAGUUAGAUGUGUUCUGGCUCUAGGGCUGGGAGGGUUAGUAGUUAGAAUUGUGUUCUGCAGAGGUUUCACGCUAAUUAGUCCAGUUCAAUGGCUUUAAGCAUGAGCGGUUGAACUCGUGACGGUCAUAAGAAUUAUUUUCCUCCCCUCAUAGUUCUAACCCUUUCUCAAGUCAGAGAUUUAAGUUUUUAAAAAGUGAGACUGAGAACUUUGGGAAACAGUGUUGCGAAGCAAUUUAGAAGGAUCGGACCCUUUCACAAUCUACGUAACUAUCCACUUUAGUUUAUAGCCCAACGGUAUUCCUCAGGUGUAGUCACUGGAUGGUUCAAAGAGAUGCCUCGCGGUGACUUCAAUGUUUAUUUUGCAAGCAGAGGAGGACCCCAUGUCAGGACCGAAGAGGCAGCAGGCAUAGCUCUGUUGGUCUUCAUACUUGCAGCCCUUCUCAUCCUCGGAUGCUGGUAUUUUAGGAGGAGAUGUGGGUACAAAAUGAUUCGGAGCCCAAGAUCAGGGUCCCUGCCAAGAUUCAGUGGAGGACAGUUCAACGAGGGAGGAGCCACAGCAGAAAACAAGAUGGGCCUCAGUGACCUCCGACCUUUGGUUCCCAAAGCCCCUCCUGCAUAUGAGACGAUAUCAUCAGGACCCCUACCUCCUCCCUACUCCCCCUAAUAACAACAGUCCUCUGUGGAUAACCAAAAAGAUGAAAACUAUGAACUUAAUGUGUUGUCUUAUUUAAACUCUAUAUCAAUGAAGAAAAAGCUUUUGAUGAAAAUAUUAUUAGCAGUCUAUAUUUACAAUUACACAAUUUACCAUAUUUUACACCUUUUUUUUUAAUGUGUUUCUCCAAAACUUGUUUUGUGUGUUAUGUGUUCCUCAAGGUUAUAUUUCUGAAGGUUGCUCAGCAAACAAGACCCUUCUAUCAAUACUUGAAUAACAGUAUAUUAAUCGAUUACAACAAAGUCGUACUUAGGAAAUUGCUUGUUCAUUUAAGAUAACCAACGUAAAAAAAAAAAGUAUGUCUGCAAUUGAGAAUCCAUAGUAAUUUAAAGACAAUAACUUGGGCUUGAUCGUUGUUAUUUCAACAUGUACUUAUGAAGGGAUUUCAAAAGGAUGGAAUGGUUAUCCCCUAUAAAAUCCUGCACACACAUUUCAAUAAAAAUAUAAAGUUUACCAAGGGUCUAAUUCAGAUUAACACCACAAAACCCUCUCUGUAGGACAGUUACACCAGUUAUUUCCAAGCAGAAAUGUCCAGUUAUGCAAUGAAAAUGUACCAACUAAAUACUUAGAAAAAUCUAUAUGGUA